CGGUGUCCCCCGCACAUGCCAUUUAUUAGGUUGUUUUGGAUUGUUGUAAACAUAAGCUUUUUUAAGAUGGAGGUUAAUAUACUGCUCACGUUUUUUAUGUCUUUAUGUGCCAAAUUAGCUGAGCCUACUUACCGGAUAUCUCGCCAGUCCGGAUCCUGGGAGGACGCAGAGGAACACUGUAAACACUUUAACGGUCAUCUAGCAACGCUAGGAGACAUGGGGAAGUUUCGCGCGUGGCUGAAGACACAGCAGACGACAUUUUUACAGGAAGAAACCAUGGAAUUGUGGGUAGGCGCCAGUCUUGAAGUUGGAGAAUGGCAUUGGGAUGGCAGGCGAGAAGCAUUCAACGGCACGGUCAGAUUCUACGAUAUCGAAGGUUGCCAUCGCCAGCAGUAUUGGUCAAGCGGAAUCCAGAUUCCCGAACUGACACCACAGUUGUGCCUGGACCAGUGUGGAUGGCGGGGAAGAGUUGGUUUGAAGAUUACUGUCUGUGUGAAGGUGACCUACAGAACGUGACGUCAGCCGGUGACGCCAUUUGCCAUAUUGCCUGUGACGGCGACGCUAAGUCGAUGUGCGGAGGGUACUUUGGCGUUUCAGUAUACAAACCAGAUAACAUGACCAUUGGCUGGGCAAAAGACGAAUCUUCGGAGGAAAACAACUGCGCGGUUUUACGAAAAUUAUCGAUGGACUCCGAUCAAGAGUUGUCGUCUGCAAACUGUGACAUGCGGACACGUUCUCUGUGCUCAUAUUCCGAUGACGUCACGUGUGGUUUGCACGAGAGCUGUAUUCGGAGUUCAUCUGAACAAAACACGUGGUCGGCAGCGAGGACUGGCUGUAAUAUGACAUCACUUUUCGACGGUGACGUAAGAAGGUCGGACGUGAGGGAUCUUAAAAACCUCGCUCCCGGAAGCUACUGGAUUGCACUUAGUCGGGCGGCGUCAUGGGUUUGGACGCUUGGUUCGACAGUUCGGAUGGCAGACUUCUUCCCCCAUGAGACGGGACGGAUAGGAUCUUCCGGGCGGAGCUGCGCGGUGUUGCGGCUCGUGCACGGCUCCUCCGGUCUGGCGGCAAGGGAUUGUGAGGCCAACCGCCACUUCCUUUGUCAAUAUGAUUAUAUGGAGAAGCGAGACGGCCCCACCCCACCAGGGCCGAGUGAAAAUGACGGUCUACUCCAAAAUGUUACCGGAAGUGAUGUAUUUAACACUCAGAGCACGAGCGGUGUUACCGGACUUGGCAUUCCAACAGAAAAUAACGAAAAUUCUAAAUCGAACGAAUUCGACUUUUUGGGCAUAACGGGAACGGCAAGCACGUGCGUUCAUUUGGUGCUCGGGUUUGUAUCAGGAAUGGUCUGCAUUUUGAUACUUGGGCUCAUAGUCUACACCAUUUACAGGUGUACACGACCCCCGCAGACGAAGCAUGAGCGGCUCGGUGGAACCAAACAAGAGCAGCACUACACACCGAGCGUCAACUACAGUUCCAAAGACGAUUCCCUUCACAUUUCCCCACCGCCGUCUGACGUCACCUACGACACCGUGUACGAUCACGCCGAGUCACCGUUCCGUAGAACGCAACGUCUCAUCCGCAUGGGGUCCGCUAACGCCUGGCGCCAAACGCAUCAAACACCGACCCGCCGGGUGGGGCGGUCCGAUGCCUCGGAUUCUUCCGGCUCUGAUUAUACGUGGCGCGGCAUGAUUGGUGGAAAGAUCGAAAUUGUGAAUACGGAAUUACGUAAUCAAUACCCAGAACAUUCAAUCGCGGCCACGUGCGCACGUGCUGAAAGGAUGACGCCAGAUUCAACUUUGCGCACGCGUUUAGACGUUCACGAGCCAAUAUUGUGCUCAGACGGGAUUUACGAUAUGCCUGAAAGGCCAGUCAGUUCAGCAAACAACACACACAAACAUGGUAACAGUGGAAAAAUAGUUGAAGGAACCACUGGCCCGACGAUGCAAGAAAACUUGACAUACAGACGUGAAAGUGACGCCAGUAGAGGUGACAAUGACGCCAGAAGUCAACGCGAUUCCCAAGAUCCGACUUUCCUUCAAUUCCAGCUGUCAAGAAAUUCGAUGAACGAAGAGAAUAUUUACGCGACGAUUAAAAAAACGUUUGAGAAGAUUAAGGACGACCUGGCGGAGCAGGCGAGAAGAGAAGAACCGGAAGAGGAAGAGCAGAUGAUGUACUCCGUACGUCUGUCUAACGUGUGAGGGAAAUACCAUGGAGUCCCCGGCACUUUUAUCUGACUCAAAAAUGUUCCAAUCAAUGUUGUGCCCAACUGGAUAUGCGACGUAUUUAUAUAUUUAUUAAUCUUGAGACUUAAAGACUGUGUCUGACUUCCAAAAGACAGGAUAUUAGCAGGCUUGUUGAGACCCGAGUUUUGAUGUCUGGAAUACCUCCAACUUUGCUGACAACUUAACCUGCUCCUUGGGUGGGAUCUAGACAAAAAUGCAGUUUCAGUCUGCCUUAUUCCGCCUUGAGCCCCGGGUAUACCCCCCCCCCCCCCGCCACACACACAAGAUAAGGAAAAUCAUUGACAGAUGCAUAAGCUGCAUGUGAAUUGUAGGUGGACUGAGGGUAUAAGUGUGACCCGGUGCUAUUCCUUUGAAAAUAAAUGAGCUUCGAAAA